AUGGGCACUCUCGGUAGACUCUUCCACUUCUCCUUUGACCUUGUUCUGGUCUCCACCAUUCUGGCCGGUGUCAAGCGAUCUACUGGUCUCACCAUCAAGACCAACGACUUUGAGAACAAGGAUACUCGUUCGUACAUCGAGCGAUACCUCGAUGUCGGCGAGUGGGUUUUUGACACCUCCGUGGCCUUCAUGUCCACCUCCAGCUACUUUGAACGACGACCCCCGCGAUUCUAA